AUGGCUGACAGGACUGGGUUAGGAAGCGGCGACAUUACCGGAUACACUCUUUUUGAGCGUAUCGAAUCGGAGGAAAUUGGUAUUGAACUUGACGAUGUUCAAAAGGCUGUUGUUGAACUGCCACGCUUUCAAAAGAUUGUUCGUCUCAAGUCGUUUGCUCCUUUUAGAUCAGCUGCCCACGCUCUUGAGAACGCCAUGGAUAUUUCUGAAGGUGUCAUGAGUGAUCAUCUCAAGGCUUUUCUUGAGAUGAACUUGCCCAAACCAGGAAAAAAGAACAAGGUUCUUCUUGGUGUUGGUGAGAGUAAUCUGGGUGGUUCUAUCAAGGCUGACCUUGGUAUAGAUUGUGUUGUUGACGACACUGUUCGUGAGCUCAUUCGUGGCAUUAAGCUUCAUUCCGAGCGACUUCUUGCACAGUUGAAAGAGGGCGAUCUUGGUCGUGCUCAGCUUGGUCUGGGUCACGCUUACUCUCGUGCCAAGGUCAAGUUCAAUGUCAAUCGUGUGGAUAACAUGAUCACUCAGUCCAUUAAUUUGCUGGAUCAGCUUGACAAGGAUGUCAAUACAUUUUCUAUGCGUGUCAGAGAAUGGUAUGGAUGGCAUUUCCCUGAGCUUGUCAAGAUUGUGUCCGACAACUUUCUAUAUGCCAAGCUUGUCAAAGUGAUUCGCAAUAAGGGUGAUCUUUCUGAAGAUAAACUCGAUGCACUUGAGGCUGUCACCAAUGAUCCAAUCAAGGCCAAACAAAUCCUUGAUGCUGCUCGUGCAUCCAUGGGUACUGAUAUUUCCGAAAUUGAUAUGGUCAACAUUCAGAGUUUUGCCGAUCGUGUGAUUUCUCUGACCGAGUACCGCAAGAGCCUAUACGGUUACCUUUUAAGCAAGAUGCAUGCAGUUGCUCCCAACGUGUCUGCUCUUAUUGGUGAGAUUGUAGGAGCUCGUCUUAUUGCACACGCUGGUAGCUUAACCAACUUGGCAAAGUAUCCUGCUUCGACUGUGCAGAUUCUUGGCGCUGAAAAGGCACUUUUCCGUGCUCUCAAAACCCGUGGUAAUACUCCCAAAUACGGUCUUAUCUAUCACUCAACCUUUAUCGGUCGUGCAGCACAAAAGAACAAGGGAAGAAUCUCCCGUGUGCUUGCCAACAAAGUAUCGAUUGCAUCCCGUAUUGACUGUUUCCUUGAUAAUCCUACAAGCAAAUUUGGUGAGUUUUUGAGAGAUCAAGUGGAAGAGCGUCUUCGUUUCUACGAGGAGGGUGUCACUCCACGAAAGAACGCCGACGUGAUGGCGGAUGCUCUCAAGGCUGCUGGUAUUGAUAUGGACAUUGAUGAAGAAGAAGAAGAAGCACCAGAAGUUGCAUCUACACCUGCCAAAAAGAGGAAAUCAAGCAAGGAGUCCAAAGAAAAGACCCCUACUGCCAAGAAAUCUAAAAAGGAGGAUGCCGAGGUUUUCGAAUCGCCAGUCAAGGAGAAGAAGAGCAAGAAGAAGGAAAAGGCAUCAGUUGAAGAGACCGUAGUUGAGCCCAAAUCUGCAGAAAAAAAGAAGGCCAAAAAGGCAAAACAAUAAACAGUGCAUGCAAUCUUUU